CUAAAAAAAGGUUAAUAUAAGUUUGUUUAUUUAACUGACAAGUACAAUAACCGAAAAAUGUACAAAAUAACUUUGUCUAUAGCAUGCGUUUACGCAGUUUUGCUUUCACCAACUAGUGGAUUUGUUGCUGAGCCAGUAAAGGACGUAGCAAAUUCAGCAGAAGCAGAAGAUGCCGCUUAUGUUUCUACACUGGCAGAUCAACCAGCAAUCAGAAGUAGUUUCGUGAAUUCAAAACAAUUCUUCCUUGUCACUACAGAAAAGGUCAAUUGGUACAAAGCAGCGCAUAUUUGUAAAUUCAAUGGCAUGGACUUGGCCAGCAUUGAUUCGAUGGAAGAAAACAAUAUUGUCGCAAUGCUCAUAAAUAUGUCGGGUUGUGGAGAUGCAUCGCCACGUUUCUGGACUUCGGGCAAUGACCUUGGCGCUUUCAGAGAGUGGUAUUGGUUGGCCAAUGGAAAACCGAUGAGUUUCACAAACUGGGGAGCCAAUGAACCAAACAACUCAAACGACACAAAUGAAAGAUGUGUGGAGAUACGAUGGAAAGACCAAGCUUAUACUUGGAAUGAUUUACCUUGUAAUUCGAACCUUUUCUUUAUUUGUGAAAUGAAAUUCAACUGAGUUCUAGUUAAGUAAAAAAGUUAAGAAAGUAAAAUCGAACGAUAAAUAACAGUGGUCGAACAAUGCAUCUUUCGUCGACAUGAAAAUAAUGAAAAUUCAACGUGAAAUCAAGAGAUUAUAAAAUAAUAAAAGAUGAAAACACGGCUGUAUACUUACACCGUAUACGGAAGUCAUAUAA